CGUAAUUUAACCCUCCGCCGGUGUCCCGUCUGUCACAGCUCCUCUGGACUUUACUCUGAGCAGGAUCAAAUCGCGGUGAUAUUUACGCACGAUGGAUGCGAAGCUUCUGGCAGCCGUGGCUGCGCUCAUGGUGUUGAUAUUUGUGUCUCCAUCACAAGCAAAGCCCAUCAGCUUGGUGGAGAGAUGCUACUGUCGCUCAACGGUCAACAGCGUCCCACGAGGCUACAUCCGAGAGCUCCGGUUCAUCCACACACCUAACUGCCCCUUCCAAGUGAUUGCCAAGCUGAAGACCAACAAGGAGGUGUGUUUGAACCCAGAGAUCCGAUGGAUGCAACAGUACCUGAAGAACGCCAUCAACAAGAUGAAGAAAUCCAAACAGGGUAACUAAAGAGCCUGCAGGGAUCCUCCCGAGUCAUCACUGAGGAUUUAAACCAUCAUCACAGAUAUGUAACGUGAUAUAAGACCAUCUUGUAUGUUGUACAGCACUUACCCCGGCGGCCUUUUGCGUGGAAUGAGCCUACAACUCCCAUGAACACCAAUCCACCUGCUCUGCCGCCUUCUUCACCAUCACAACUCUCACCACUUAUAGAUAUAGCAAAAUGUUAGUAGUGCAAAGUGCAAUUAUAUCUGUAAGUGUAUGUAUGUUUUUCUAACCACAAUGUAUAUACUUUUUUGUUAAUGGACUUUAACAGUAAAGAGCUAUUUUUGGAGA